AUGUCCAAGCUGCCGCCCCCAAGACCCAUCGAGCCAGAGGAGCCGGACGGUGGCGGUCCCGGCGGUCCGGGAGGAGGACCCAUCGAGCCAGAGGACCCGGACGGUGGCGGUCCCGGCGGUCCGGGAGGAGGACCCAUCGAGCCGGAGGAGCCGGACGGUGGCGGUCCCGGCGGUCCGGGAGGAGGACCCAUCGAGCCGGAGGAGCCGGACGGUGGCGGUCCCGGCGGUCUUGGAGGAGGACCCAUCGAGCCGGAGGAGCCGGACGGUGGCGGUCCCGGCGGUCUGGGAGGAGGACCCAUCGAGCCGGAGGAGCCGGACGGUGGCGGUCCCGGCGGUCUGGGAGGAGGACCCAUCGAGCCGGAGGAGCCCGACGGUGGCGGUCCCGGCGGUCCGGGAGGAGGACCCAUCGAGCCGGAGGAGCCGGACGGUGGCGGUCCUGGCGGUCUUGGAGGCGGACCCAUCGAGCCGGAGGAGCCGGACGGUGGCGGUCCUGGCGGUCUGGGAGGAGGACCCAUCGAGCCAGAGGAGCCGGACGGUGGCGGUCCCGGCGUGGUGAAAGAGCACAAGCCUUCGAUCCGCUACCGCGCGCUGUGGAUGGUCAAGGGCGGCAUGACCCAGGUUCAGGUCGCCACGGACUAG